AUGGUUUCAACUAGGAGAUCGGGAGGGCCAGCAGUCAACAUUGAACUAAGCUUCAAUGGGAAAGAUUUGAAAAAGGUUAUUCCAAUUGCCGAGCAGAGAAGGCUUCAGGAAGAGGAACAAGAUCUUUCUGAUGAUGAACCAGAAUUGGUACAAAAGAAAGAGAGGCCAGAGAGAAGUUCAGCUGAUAACGAUGAAAGGGCAGAGGAUUUGGUUGCACGGGAAACUCGUACCACCAGAAGGGCAACCAGAGGAAGGCCAGCCAAAGCCAAAGGAAACACCAAAGCAACAGGCAAGACCAGCACUAAAGGCAACACCAAAGCCAGGGCCACACCCACUGCUACUACUACACGUAAAUCAAAUUUGGGUAGACGUAAAACAACCAAGCUUGUUACAUUAAAGGCCACAACUACAGCAAAAGGCAGUUCAAAGGAAACAGCAAACCCAAAGCCUACUACUCGAGCUACUCGUGGGACCAAGUCUACAAGAUCCAAAUCAACUGGUGCGACAGAGACCAGAAUCAGCUCAGAUGAGGAAAUACCAUUACUUACAAAGAAGGAAACUAGAGGAAGACCGAGAAAACACCCAAUUGGCCCCGAUGGCAAACCUGUCAUACCCGAUCCUUCACUGAAUCCAGCUACGUUGAGGAAAAGACGAGGUCGACCACGUAAUCCAGAAAUUAUCAUGGGAGAAAAACGAAAGUUCAAUGAGGCUGAUUUGAUUGCGGCAUCAGCAAAUGGUUACGCUUCCAAGAAGUACAAGGUUGCCUCCGAUAAACAAGAGGCUGGAGAACAGUCUCCAUCUACUAGUGAAAGCUCAGUGAAUGGUGUAACACAUGAGAGAAUUCCUUCGAUGCAGGGUGCUACAAUCCAGCCCAUCUCAGAAGUAAUUUCACAACAUGCAGCCACAUCGCCAAACAUCCACAAACACAAUAUUAAUCACUUGUUGUCCAAAGAUGCGCCAACAGCAGCAUAUCCUCCGAAUAGUUACGCAACAACAACCCCACCUACGAAUCCCUCGUCUGCUCCCUAUGCAUCACAUGUACAACCUCCUUCUUCAUCGUCAUAUAGCAGUGGAUAUAGUCCACAAUACCAACCAUACCCCCAACCACCAUACCUUCAACAGCUGCCUCCAUAUCCUUAUCAACAGUAUUCACAAGCUUUACACCCUCCUUAUCCAUUGGUCACCGGUUCGAUGAUGCCGCCACGCCAACAGCCUGCACCACCUACCACAUACUCUCAACAACCUUUGGCUCGAGGUCCUCCAGAUCUUUCAAGUGCACCAGUUCCAUUACCACUGCAUCGACAGCAGCCACUCCCAGCAGCCACCCCAUUACAAGAACCACAUGGACGUAUCCCGAUUACAUCUAUUAUAUCUCAAAAGAUUGAUUCCAAGGACCUUCCGUCGAUUUUGUAUGACGGGGAUACCACCAGAGGUGAUGGCGACGAUGACGAUGACGGCGAAGAUGAGAGAGAGGGAGAUGGUGAAGGUGAGGAUGAGGGAGAGGGAGAUGGUGAAGGCGACGACGGCAACGAAGGGAGAAAGACUAAACGCCGGUAUCGCAUUGAUCGUGAAAACAUCAAGAUCAACAAAAGAAUCAUGUCUCAGGAUACUGAGGAUGUUAUUAAAAUGUUUAGGAAAUUCGACGAUGAAGUGUUGACCAACCCAGAAGCCAGACAACGCUUGCUAUCAUUGGGUUUCGAAACUAGGAAAAGAUACAUCACCACAUUUAAACAUUAUAUUCGUUUCUGUUGUCGCAAAAAGAUGAAUGAUUUUUUUGUUACUGGUGAACUAAUGAGGGAAUUUUAUCAAGAACAAUUUGCAAUGAGUACCUCAAGCAAUCCAGUUAUUCGAUUGAGAAAAAUGGAUCCUGCUUUUUCCAAAUUACAAGAAAUCAACUAUAUAGUGUACAACUUGGAUAGCAAAGAGAUUCCUAAUCGCCAUAUUGCUUUGGAGUAUUUGAUUUACAAGGAAUUGGGUAAAGAACCAGGAGACAAUAUCGACUCAAUUAUUGAUGACAAGGGUGUUUACCAGAGUGAAUUGAUUAAAGGAAAGAGAAAGAGAAGAACUAACAGGAAGCAUAGAUCAAUUGACUAUCCCAUGGCCAUAUAUGCACCCGAAAAGGGGAGAAGGCCAAACCAUGGCACUGAUGGCGGCAACCAGACACUUUUAGUUCAUCCUGCCUUACCUCCAUUACCUGCUUUGGUUAAGGAAAAUCAGGAAAAGUUACAGAAACAAAGAGAACAGGAAGUCCAACUUCGUCGUCGAAGUGACCACCUCCAAGGACUGAAUAAUGGAGCACACGAGUAUGUUGAAGAACAGACGUACCACCAACAUACCCCCAGCACCACUUUAGCCCAGAUUGAGCCCUCUUCGCACCAGCAACAUGUGCACUCUCAAUCUACAACACCACCGGUACCUAUGUAUCCGAAAAAAAUCACAAAGAAAAAUAUUGAAGAAGUGAGACGUUCAUUUGGCCGAUUAUGUGCCGAAAUCAACUCCUAUUUACAAGAUGCCGUCGGUGUUGAGCCAGCAUUUGUUUCCAAAUUGAGGGCCGACGUCAAUGCGCUGCUUAACCAAUUUGACUUGGAGUUGAAUGGCCCUCGUCCGCCACGGCCACCACCACCGCAAACCACGGCAUCUGGUGUCCCCAUUUACGACUUACAGCAAAAUAUAUUCACCGUUUACGAGAUUCUUGAUGAAUGGUAUAAUGGCACUCCACAACAGCCUAGUGUUGCACAACGGUUGGAGCAAUAUGGUGAAGAGUGGAUUCGCGAUGAGUUUGAAUACAAUACGUUUGUUGAGCGUCGCAGUGUUGUUGAGUUUGUUGAACGGUUGAGCAAGGAAACUAAGGUUGACAUUUGGGUCAUUGCUAAUGAUUGUGACAAGUAUAUUCGUGAUAAGUCAAUAUUGGAUGAAUUCAUUAGUGAGAUUGAAUUGGACGUUGAGGACUUGUUCAAGAGAAUUUUGAGGUAUAGGCAGAGAAGGGGGUAG